AUGCGACUCCUUUUUGUUGAUGCUUUGCCUGGGGGCUGCAGACAACCAUUCUCUGAAGCAACCAAGCAGGGUCUAACAAGCACUCGGGUCUGUGAUAUGGAUCCUUCUAAGAGAGAACAUCUGAGGAAGAACUUUGAGGAGGAACCACUGGGUAAGGAAGUGGCACUGGAUCAGGAAGUCCUUCUGCGCUGUCAUCCUCCUGAAGGUGUUCCUCCUGCAGAGGUGGAGUGGCAGAGAAACGAGGAGCUGAUCGACCCCAAGACUGACCCCAAUUUCUUCAUCACCGUGGACCAUAAUCUCAUCAUCAAACAAGCCCGCCUGGCCGACACAGGCAACUACACCUGCGUGGCCAAGAACAUUGUGGCUCGACGAAAGAGCUCCUCGGCUACUGUGAUUGUCUAUGUGAACGGUGGCUGGUCCACAUGGGCCACAUGGUCGACCUGCAGUGCUGUCUGUGGUCGGGGGUGGCAGAAGAGGAGCCGGAGUUGCACCAACCCCACUCCCCUGAACGGCGGGACGUCCUGCGAGGGCCAGAGCGUCCAGAAAAGUGCCUGCACUGCCACUUGUCCAGUGCAUGGAGGUUGGAGCGAGUGGAGUAAGUGGUCGCCAUGCGGAGCCGACUGCACCAUGUGGAGGAGCAGGGAAUGUACCCAACCUACACCCAGCACCGGUGGGAAGGACUGCCAGGGCCUGGAUCUUCAAUCCCUCAACUGCACUAGUGAGCAGUGCCCACAGACGGCAUCAGGUGCUGAGGAUGUGGCCUUGUACGUGGGGAUCGUGGCGGUGGCUCUUUGUCUGACUCUGCUGCUGAUUGUACUGGUGUUGGUCUACCGCAGAAAGAAGGAAGGUCUCGAUGCAGAUGUGGCCGACUCCUCCAUCCUCACCACUGGCUUCCAGCCCAUGGGCAUCAAGCCCACCAAGCCAGGUGUGUGGGCACCGCGCAGGGCAGCCCACAGCAAAAACUCUCAUUUGCUCACCAUCCAACCCGAUUUGACUACCACCACCACAAGCUACCAGGGAACUCUGCGUUCUCGCCACGAAGUCACUGGGAAGUUCUCCGUGAGCAACGGUCCCCUCCUGGAGCCACUUCCUAACGGCUCCCACAUGCUGCACAACGGCAAACUGCUUAGUGAUCCCAAUGACUUCAUGAACAGCCUGUCCUCUCAGACGUAUUUCAAAACGCUACCGAGAGACGACGUCAACACCUCCUACGGCACUUUCAAUUUCCUGGGUGGCCGCCUAACCCUCCCCAACACUGGAAUCAGCCUUCUCAUCCCGCCAGAGGCCAUUCCCAGAGGGAAGAUUUAUGAGAUUUAUCUCACCAUUCAGAAGAAGGAAGACAUGAGAUUGCCCCUGGCUGGGUGUCAGACAUUGCUAAGCCCCGUGGUGAGCUGCGGACCGCCCGGUGUGGUGCUCACCCGGCCGGUCAUCCUCAGUAUGGACCAUUGCUCUGAUGCGUGCCUGGAGAAUUGGGCCAUCCGUCUCAAGAAGCAGUCAUAUGAGGGAACGUGGGAGGAUGUACUUCAUCUUGGUGAGGAAGUGGUUUCGGAGCCGUACUACUGCCAGCUGGAGGCGGAGACGUGCCAGGUGUACACUGAGCAGCUGGGCCGCUUUGCUCUGGUCGGGGAGUCCCUCAGCAUGGCUGCAGCUAAACGCCUAAAACUGCUGCUCUUUGCUCCCGCCUACUGCUCUACGCUGGAGUACAACAUCCGCGUCUACUGCAUGGAUGACACACAGGACCUGCUAAAGGAGGUGAUGCAGAUGGAAAGACAGCUGGGAGGUCGACUGAUUGACGAGCCUCACGUCCUGCUCUUCAAAGACAGCUACCACAACCUGCGCCUCUCGAUUCACGACAUGCCCCAGGCAUACUGGAGGAGCAAACUACUCACCGGCUAUCAGGAGAUCCCGUUCUAUCACAUCUGGAGUGGCUCUCAGCGGACCCUGCACUGCACCUUCACACUGGAGAGACAGAGCCUGAGCACCUGUGAUCUCACCUGCACGCUGUGUGUGUGGCAGGUAGAAGGAGAGGGACAACGCUUCACCCUGGACUUCAACAUCUCAAAGGACAUCAGACCACUGGACUCUGAUUUCCUGUUAAUGGACAACUGCACCCCUGCCCUGGCUGGUCCGAGUGCAUUCCAGAUCCCUUACCUCAUCCGACAGAAGAUCUGCAGCAGUCUGGACACCCCCUGUCCCAAUGGAGCAGACUGGAGACUACUGGCCCAGAGACUGAAGCUUGACAGGCACAUGAGUUUCUUCGCAUCCAAAGCGAGCCCCACAUCAGUGAUUCUGGACUUAUGGGAAACCCAGCACUUCCACAGCGGUAAUCUCAAUCAGCUUGCCGCUGUGAUGGCUAAGAUAGGCAAGCAGGAGGCCAUGAUAUUCCUGGUGUCAGACGGGGAGUGCUGACACAUUAAAACUGAAGCGCGGCGGCCGUCUCUGAGUGAUGGGGUGGGGGAAGGACGUGACCCUCUGCCCACCCCACCAUAGAUGAGAAACAAAUCAAAGAACAGGGUUUACCCAACUAUAUGAGGCCACUUCCCCAGUGAAUAGGGAAUAAAAAAAAAGAAAGAAGGAAGAAGAAAAAAACAAGA